AUGAACGUCUCCAAUCGCACGCUAGAGUCGCUGGUAGCCUUGGGGGCGAAGAUCGAGCCCAUUCUGGAGCCCGUGCCUUAUCCGUUCGCCGUCACGGCGGACCGACUUGCCAUCAACAAGCCGUGCAGGUACUCGAAGCUGCUGAUGUGGAACAUGGUGCGCUACCGCAAGCUCAUCUACCUGGACUCGGACCUGCUCGUGCUGCACAGCAUCGACGACCUCUUCCACCGCCCGCAGCUGUCCGCGGCGCCCGACACGCUGCCGCCCGACAAGUUCAACAGCGGGCUGAUGGUGGUGGAGCCCAACCGCGCCAUGUUCAAAGACAUGCUCUCCAAGAUCGCCACUCUCGUCUCACCCAACGUGGGCGACCAGGGCUUCCUGAACAGCUACUUCUCGUCGUGGUACCAGCAGGGCCCCGUGCACCACAUCGACUAUACCCCUGGAACAUGA